AUGAAGGUUCUUUGCGUGGCUGAGAAGCCUUCCAUCUCCAAGGCUGUAGCCGGCCAUCUCUCAGGCGGUGGCUUUCAGACCCGCAAUACUCGGAAUCAGUACAUCAAAAACUACACGUUUAACUUUGAUUUUGGGCAGUCUUGGGGUCAGUGUGAUGUCAAUAUGACAUGUGUGACUGGGCAUUUGACACAAGCCGAGUUUACCAGCGAGUUCCGAAACUGGAGUUUCCCACCCCCGGAAGCAUUAUUUGAUGCGCCGAUAGUCACAAAUGUCGUGGAUGACAAGAAAGCGAUAGCACAGAAUAUUGCAGACCAGGCGAGGUGGUCGCAACUUCUUGUGAUAUGGACGGACUGUGAUCGUGAAGGCGAGCAUAUUGGGAAUGAGAUUGUUGAAGCUGCAUACAAGGGGAAUGCCAAUAUCCCCGUAAAACGGGCCAAGUUCAGCAACAUUGAACGCGCUCAUGUCAUAUCUGCAGCAAAACGUCUCGUUGACCUGGACGAGAAGCAGGUGAGCGCCGUGGCUGCCCGUAUUGAGCUGGACCUACGCAUUGGAUACGCCUUUACACGAUUCAUCACCAACAACCUCAGACCUCUUCGUGGGCCAAUGGAGAACCUGGUUAUCAGCUACGGUUCAUGCCAGUUCCCAACAUUGGGAUUCGUUGUAGACCGGUAUUUUCGAGUCAAAAACUUCGUGCCGGAAACCUUUUGGGGCAUCAAGUUGACACAUUUAAGAGAAGGCAAAACGAUCAAUUUCAGCUGGGCCAGGCAUCGGCUUUUCGAUCGUAUGGCCGUCGUCAUCUUGUACGAGAAAUGUCUGGUAGCGAAAAAGGCCAAGGUGACUAAGGUUCAGAAAAAACCAACCAGGAAGUUCAAGCCGCUGCCUUUGACGACGGUUGAGCUUCAGAAAGCAGCGACGGCGUUACUCCGAAUGAGUGGUCAACAAGCAAUGACUUUGGCGGAGGGUUUGUACAACAAGGGUUUCAUAAGCUACCCCCGAACCGAGACUGAUCGGUUCGAUCGUGGGAUGAACCUGAAAGCCCUCGUCGAGAAGCAGACGCCUGACUCCCGAUGGGGCAACUAUGCUCGUGGAUUGUGCGAUGGUGGCUUCCAGCAACCAAGGGAGGGCAAACAUGAUGAUAAAGCCCACCCACCCAUUCAUCCCAUUACAUAUGCCGCCCCGACUGUUUUGAGUCACGAUGAAGGCCGGAUAUAUGAAUAUGUGGUGCGCCGAUUCCUUGCAUGCUGCUCCGAGGAUGCCAAAGGUGAAGCCAGCGACGUUGAGCUUCAGUACGGGGACGAGCUAUUUAGUGCUCACGGCGUCAUUGUUUCGGAAAAAAACUAUCUUGAGGUGUUCAUCUACGAGAAAUGGGACAACACGAUCGAAAUGCCUAAAUUUACAGUGGGUGAGCAAUUCGAACCAACCGAGGCUAUGAUGACAGAUGGCAAGACGUCACCGCCCAGCUAUCUCACCGAGGCGGACCUGAUAGCCCUGAUGGACGCAAACGGUAUUGGAACAGAUGCUACAAUGGCGGAACAUAUUCAAAAGAUCCAAGAUCGAGAGUAUGUGGCUACCGUAGAUCGAGGUGGUCAGCCAGCUGGCGAUCCCGAGCAGAAUGAUAACGAGCCGGCACCGGCUUCUAGAGGCCGAGGUCGCGGAAGAGGGGGCCGUGGGGGUGGGCGAGGUCGCGGAGGUUCUGGCACGACAACAGGACGCAGAGGGAUAAAGUUGUUUGUGCCUACUCAGCUGGGCGUCGCCCUAAUCCUGGGAUUUGAUCGGAUGAACUUUGAGACAAGUCUUGGCAAGCCAUUCCUGCGGAAAGAAAUGGAAUUGAAGAUGAAGGCCAUAUGCGAUGGUCACACCACAAAGGAUGUUGUGCUUCGCGAAAGCAUUGCGCAGUACCGCCACGUAUACAUGGAGUCGCAGCAGAAGCUGCAUGUCUUGAAAUCAGCAUGUAGAGAGUUCGUAUUUGGCCAACCGGGAAGUUGA